AUGCAUGGACAGCCUCAGGGCCCAACAACAUGGCAAAAGUGUGAAAUGGGUGCUGCCAUGGGCGCUGGCGUUGGUCUUACCAUUGGCUUUUUGUUUGGAGGAUUCAGUAUUCUGAGGGGAGGAGCUGGUCCUCGCGGUGUGUUGCCGACGCUCUCCCAGUACAUGCUGAGCAGCGCAGCCACUUUCUCGUUCUUCCUCGCCAUCGGAUCGGUCAUCCGCAAUGAUGCGCAGCUCCCACCACACUUCGAAGCCGCUAGGUUACAAUUGACAUCACCUAUGAUGCAGUCAAGAGCGGAGGGGCUUACGCUCAUGAAAAGGCGCUGGGAUGCCGAACGAAAGAAUGAGCAUAACUGA